AUGGAUGUCAGCGAUGAUGAUGAUCCUAUGCAACGUUUAUCUGAUGAUUUUUCAGCAUGUUUAUAUAAAAUAGCAAGUAAAGCACGAGGACCUCGCAUAAAUACUCACAGAUUCAACACCAAAUUCCAUAAAUGCCGUCUUUUCGGACCUGCAAGGGAUAUGUUAAGCAGGCACAUCUACUAUGGAAUAUGUCUUGAUUGCAGACGUGCUAUUAAACAGUACAUGAUGAUUAGCGCCAGACAUCCGUACACCAGACGUUAUGCGCCAUCAUCAUUCCAGCUUAAAGAAGAAGAGUAUCGCCAUUUGAUUUUUUACAAUAAUGCCAUCCAUCCCUUCAGCAUGUUCACUUUUCAUUAUGAAUUUGUCUUUAUGUUCGUGGUUAUGUUGCAAAUGAUAGCCAAUCCGUUUUGCGCAAUGGUUUUCCCUGGAAAAAAUCAAAUUUUGUAUUGGAGCUUUCUUCCUGUAAAUUUUUUCACAACAACAAUGCCACCAAAAGUGAUGAAGCGAGCAAAUUGGACUGAAGAACAACUCCAAGCUGCAAUUAGGGCAGUGCAACAUAAUAGAUUGUCGCAAAGAGAAGCUGCUCAGCGUUAUAAAAUACCCAGGAGAACACUAAGGAACCAUCUAAAAUCUGGCAUUCUAAAUAAAAAAAUCGGACGAUCCAGCGUUUUAACUCCCGAGCAAGAAGUUCAAUUUUCUGAAAGAAUAGUUCGUGUCUGUGAAAUUGGAAUGCCCCUAACACCAUUAUUAGUACGUCGCUCUGUAUACACAUUCUGUAUUGAAAAUAACAUUCCACACCCAUUUGACGCUGCCAAAGGCAUCGCUGACGACUCCACAGAUAACAUCCCCGUCGGUAUGUUAAGGAACAUUAUCUUGCAAGAAAAAUCCCGUGCAACUCCAGUUGAGACUAAUAAAGCAACUAAGAUACAAGAAAAAAGCCAAGAUCUCAAUAAGUCUUUCAAAGAACUGCUCCCUACGCCUGAACUCUUCAAAUUGAAAGAAAAUAAAGCUCCAAGAAUAAAAUCUCUCAAUUACAGGGCACAGAUGGUAACCAAAGACCUAUUCUCUCCAACAAGUGGCAAAUCCAAAUCUACACUAUCCAAGAAAGAUAAGAUAAGGAAUGAACCAAUAGCGUCAUCAUCAAAAAUGUUACAGAGAAAAGGCCAAAAGGAUAUCCUCGCAGAAAAUGACUCUUGUUAUUGCUUUGUGUGUAACAAAUCAGAAAAAUUGGAUAUGCGAAGGUGUGUGUCUUGUGGCACUUGGUCCCACGAAAUUUGCAUUGGUUUCACAAAAGACGACAAAGAUGGCUAUAUCUGUGUCCGUUGUGAUUAA